AUGGGAGCUCAGGCCAGCCCACCAGUACGGCCCAGCAUCCACAGUAUCAGAUUCCUCUUGAAGCCUUUGUCUGGCUUCACUCUCGGGUUACCCAUCGGUUCACCUGGUCAGGCCAACACAGUAACACUAGUCCCCUCCAGUCUCCACAGCCCCACCGUGACCCUCCUGGGAGAAUCAAACUGCCCUCAGUCACAUCCUGAGGGCUUCCAAAGAGACCUGAGCCCACCUGUACACCGCCCCAAACACAGCCCGUACACCGCCCCAAACACAGCCCGGACACCGCCCCCAAACACAGCCCGGACACCGCCCCCAAACACAGCCCGGACACCGCCCCAAACACAGCCCGGACACCGCCCCAAACACAGCCCGGACACCGCCCCCGGACACAGCCCGGACACCGCCCCCGGACACCGCCCGGACACCGCCCCCGGACACCGCCCCGGACACCGCCCCCGGACACCGCCCGGACACCGCCCCCGGACACCGCCCCCAAACACAGCCCCCAAACACAGCCCGGACACCGCCCCCCAAACACAGCCCGGACACCGCCCCCAAACACAGCCCGGACACCGCCCCCAAACACAGCCCGGACACCGCCCCCAAACACAGCCCGGACACCGCCCCAAACACAGCCCGGACACCGCCCCCAAACACAGCCCGGACACCGCCCCCAAACACAGCCCGGACACCGCCCCCAAACACAGCCCGGACACCGCCCCCAAACACAGCCCGGACACCGCCCCCAAACACAGCCCGGACACCGCCCCAAACACAGCCCGGACACCGCCCCCAAACACAGCCCGGACACCGCCCCCAAACACAGCCCGGACACCGCCCCAAACACAGCCCGGACACCGCCCCAAACACAGCCCGGACACCGCCCCAAACACAGCCCGGACACCGCCCCAAACACAGCCCGGACAACGCCCCAAACACAGCCCGGACAACGCCCCAAACCCUAAAUACAGGAUGGUCCAGAUCCUACCGAUAUAA